CCCAGCUGCACUGGGGCGGACAGGCUUGGGCCUCUACCUACAGUAGCCACCACUCCUUAAGCUCAGCCAGCACCAUGAGCGGCCGAGUCGGAGACCUGAGCCCCAAGCAGGCAGAGACCCUGGCCAAGUUUCGAGAAAAUGUCCAGGAUGUGUUUCCAGCCCUGCCUAACCCUGAUGAUUAUUUCCUUCUUCGUUGGCUCCGAGCUCGGAAUUUCGACCUGCAGAAAUCAGAGGCGAUGCUCCGCAAGCAUAUGGAGUUCCGCAAGACCAUGGACAUUGAACACAUCCUUGAUUGGCAGCCCCCAGAGGUGAUCCAGAAGUUCAUGCCUGGGGGCCUGUGUGGCUAUGAUCGUGAUGGCUGUCCAGUGUGGUAUGACAUCAUUGGGCCACUCGACCCCAAGGGGCUACUCUUCUCAGUCACCAAGCAAGACCUGCUCAAGACCAAGAUGAGGGACUGCGAGCGCAUCCUACAUGAGUGUGAUCUGCAGACAGAGCGGCUGGGGAAGAAGAUUGAAACCAUUGUGAUGAUAUUUGACUGUGAAGGCCUGGGACUGAAACACUUCUGGAAACCUCUGGUGGAAGUGUACCAGGAGUUUUUUGGCCUCCUUGAAGAAAAUUACCCAGAGAGAUUGAAAUUCAUGCUCAUCGUGAAAGCCACGAAACUCUUCCCUGUGGGCUACAACCUCAUGAAGCCCUUCCUGAGUGAGGACACUCGCAGAAAAAUUAUAGUGUUGGGAAACAGCUGGAAGGAAGGUUUGCUGAAACUCAUCAGUCCUGAGGAACUGCCUGCCCAUUUUGGGGGAACCAUGACUGACCCAGAUGGAAACCCCAAAUGCUUAACCAAGAUCAACUAUGGUGGGGAGAUCCCCAAGUCCAUGUACGUGCGGGACCAGGUGAAGACUCAGUAUGAACACUCAGUGCAGAUCAGCCGUGGCUCCUCACACCAGGUGGAAUAUGAGAUCCUGUUUCCAGGCUGUGUCCUCAGGUGGCAAUUUUCAUCUGAUGGAGCUGAUAUUGGAUUUGGGGUUUUCCUGAAGACCAAGAUGGGGGAGCGCCAGAAGGCUGGAGAGAUGACAGAGGUGCUGACCAGCCAGCGCUACAAUGCCCACAUGGUGCCUGAAGAUGGRAGCCUCACCUGCUCAGAGGCUGGUGUCUAUGUUCUGCGCUUUGACAACACCUAUAGCUUUGUCCAUGCCAAGAAGGUCAGCUUCACAGUGGAGGUGCUGCUCCCAGAUGAGGGCAUGCAGAAAUACGACGAGGAGCUCACCCCUGUCUAAAGGGAUCCCCAUUUCUCAGAGACCCUUAACCCUCUGUUUUUGCUCUAUAGACCUUGCCCCCCAAUUCCCUGAAACUGAUCAUUAGAUUUCCUGACUGUAUAACAUUAAUGAGUAGAGAAAGAGCUACCCUAGGGAAGAGUCAUUCAUCUGCUGGAGUCAGAUCAGGGAAGGUUUGAAAGGCACAGCCUUGGAGGGUAUCAAGAGAAGAGGAAGAAGAAAGAGUAAAUGCAAGAGAUGGAUAUCACUGAAACCCAAUAAUAGGGAAAUGAACCCCCUAGCCUUCAUCUUCACCCAUCCUAAGGUGUUUGUGUGUGCUUGAAUUCCUUUCUUUAUCUAAGCCCCCUUUUCUUCCUCUCCCUAUAUAUGCUUAUUGUAUACUUGCAGAAUCAAACAGAAGACCAGAAGGUAGGAAAUGGGCAAUUCAUGGGUGUGCAUAACAAGGAGGAACCGCUAUGGGGCAAGUUUCAGCACCUUGGACAGGGGUAGAGGUGUGCCAGGGAUGGACUCUCUGCUGGGACCCAGGGAGCCUCAGGCACAAAAACUAUGAUAGGAGAUGCCUCCUUCAGACCUUCUCCCAUCCAUCACUUCCACAUUCACCUCCUUCCUUUGGAGAACUCAGCUUAUAUUUUAAGUAAUUAAAGGAACACUUCUCAAAGCAAAGAAUCCCAUCUGACUAGCUGCUGCCUGGCAUAAUAAA